UUCCUACUAUGGCCGUAUGGCGCAAGCGCAAAGAGUGACCACGUGAUCUAUUACGUCACUACUCUCAUACGAUCUGUUAAAUCAUAAAAUAAUAUUUAUAAAAGAACAACAAAGAAUGUAGUAGAAAUUUAAACCCAAAGACAGGUGAGUUUAAGAAUUAGAAAGAAAACCAAAAAUGAAUGACUGUCAGUUUGAAUCGAGAACACGAACAGAUAGUUCAGGAACUGGUACAUCAACUCCGUCAUCUGCAUCUGAUUAUAUAACUGGUGAAGGAGACGAUAGUUCAGACAGUAGAGGAACAGUGCCUUGUACUUUAAAAUCUGUAGAAAAUUUACUGUCACUUACAAAGACAAUAACUCAAGAUGAACUUCAAGAAAUGGUUGAGAAAUGUAAGGAAAUGGUCUUGGAGAGUGCCGAGUGUUCGGAAGAGAGAAAAUGGUUGGUCAGACGACUAAUUGAAUUACGAUUGAGAGUUCAAGAGAUUCGUGAAAAAUCGAAUGAAGCCACUUUAGAAACGCGUGUGAUUUUGGGACAUCAUUUUGUACCACAAAAAUAUCAUAUUCCAAUUUCUGGUUCAGUUUAUUGUGACCAUUGCAGCGGAGGAAUUUGGACAAUGCUUCAGUCUUGGUACAUGUGCAAUGACUGUGGAUUUUGUUGUCACUGGAAAUGUUUAAGUAGCAUUUGCCGUGUUUGCGUUCAUGUGAUAGCAAGCGAAGUACGAGGAUACACUUACACCAAAGAUAUUUGCCCUGAACGUGGACUUUCCGCCCAAGGAUACAGAUGUGCAGAAUGUAAAUGUCGAAUCACUUUCACUAACUCAAAGGGAUUGUCAAUGUUAUGUUUCGUGAGUCCUUUCAGUUACACAGAGUCAACGUGGGUGGAACCUCGUCUUUGCGACUACAGCGGUUUAUAUUAUUGUCAAAAAUGCCAUUGGAACACUUAUGCAGUGAUUCCAGCUAGGGUUAUUAGAAAUUGGGACAUGGAACCGCGACGCGUUUGUCGUGCAGCUUCUCAACUUUUGAGUUUGCUCCACGAAAGACCGGUGCUACUUUUGGAGGAAUUGAAUUCAAAACUUUUUACCCUCGUUCCUGAUAUGUCUAUCGUCAAGCGACUUCGGGAAGAGCUUCAAAUGAUGAAACAGUACUUGAUAGUUUGUUCCGAGGCGAAUAAUCAAGGCCUACCUUGGCGAGUGGGCCUAAGAACACAUUUUUUAGAAAGUGCCGGCAAUUAUUCGGUAAAAGAUCUCGUUGAUCUGCAAAGUGGAGUAUUAAUGGAAGAACUUCGCACUGCACACGAGAGUAUGCGUAAUCAUGUCACAAACUCUUGUCAAUUGUGUAAAGGAAGAGGACAUCUUUGUGAGUUGUGUGGAAAUGACGAAGUGAUAUUUCCCUGGGAAGUUAGUGCAAUUUCAUGUCAUAAAUGUUCCGCGGUGCAUCAUCGAAUUUGCUGGACAAAACGUGAUCACCGUUGUACAAAAUGUCUACGAAUUGAACAACGUCGUUCAUUGCUGGAUAAAAACGAUGCCAAAGCAAUUGAAGCGGAUAAAAUCAAAUCAAUAUCUUAAUUUUUACCCAUUUUACAAAGAAAGACAACUUUGGAAUUAUAUAGAAAAAAAUUAGCUAAAAAGCAUCGCUUUAUGUGUAAGAGCUUUUAAUUUUCUAGACAUGAAUAUGAUUAUUUAUUUUUAAAAAAUUCUAAUCUAUUGUAUAAAAGAAUCAGUGAUGUGUCCAGGGGGGGUUAUGGGGGUCAUGACCCUCCCCUGGGAAGAAAAAUUUACAUUAAAGUCGCUCGACGCAUCUAAGGAUGACUCCCCCCCCCGGAGUAAAUUCUGGACACGCCACUGAAAAGAAUAGGUACUUCAUUUUCUACUCGUCGAUUGACUUUUUUUGUAUUUUAAUUAAAUUUCUAUCAAUAUGAAAAUUUCAACGUGA